AUUAUACGUAGUUCAUUUCUUCGGAAUUAACGAUAGGCAUAUCACCUUUUUAUUUAUAACUAAGUUUUAUAACAAUAUUAGUAGAAAUUUUUGACGUUUUUUUAAAUAUUUAUGAUAAAUUAAUCGCAAUAGAGAAAGUUAUUUUUAAGAAGUGUAGUGUUAUGGUGUCAUAUGGAGAAAUGAGUAGAGAAGGAACAUCAACUAUGUUUUUUACAAACAGUGAAAUUGCUGGUUCAUUGGAUGAAUAUGAAGCGUUGUCAUCAUCAGAUUCUAUGGAAGAAAGACAACUCUCUCAUUCUACAAUCUCCCCUAAUUCAGAAGUAACUUUAGCUUGGGAUAACCUUUCAGUUCAUGCAUUAUCCAAAAUAGGUGGACGACAACAACAAAAAAUGAUAUUAAAUGAGGUUAGUGGAGCAGUCAAGGCUGGGAGUUUAGUGGCCAUAAUGGGAUCGAGUGGAGCUGGAAAGAGCACGUUAAUGUCGGCUUUGGCCUAUCGUUCAACAGCUGAUAAAAAAAUCGACGGAAAAAUUUUAAUAAAUGGUCGUCAACUUGGUAAUUACAUGAGGAUUUUGAGUGGAUAUAUGUAUCAAGAGGAUCUGUUGUUACCGUAUCUCACUGUUUCAGAGCACAUGAAUAUUAUGGCGAAUUUAAAAUUAGACAGACGAAUAACACAACUCGAAAAAAAAAUAUUGAUAAAGAAAGUUCUCCGACAGCUUGGUUUAUUGAAAUGUAUAGACAGUAGAAUAGGUGGUAACGACGAUGACAAGUUACUGUCGGGCGGAGAAAAAAAGCGACUAGCGUUUGCCACCGAAUUAUUAACAGAUCCACAAAUCUUAUUUUGCGACGAGCCGACAACAGGUCUGGAUUCGUAUUCGGCUCACAAAUUAGUAACAAUGAUGAAUGAAAUGGUUAUGACGGGUAAAACUAUAUUGUGUACAAUUCACCAACCUUCAUCGGAUAUUUUUGUGAUGUUUAGCCAGCUUAUUUUAGUUGCUGAUGGAAGAAUAGCCUACAUGGGAUCAACUAAUAAUGCCUUGAAAUUUUUUGAAAGCUUGGGAUAUACUUGUCCAAGCUCUUACAACCCAGCCGAUCUUUAUAUUAAAGUUUUAUCCCCGACAUCAGGAUACAGAGACAACUGUAAAAAAACCAUCAAAAGAAUAUGUGAUCAAUUUGCAGUUAGCGAUUAUGCUAAAGAAGUUGAUAUCGUGGUUCAAUAUGAACUGCAUUUGGAAAGAUUUACAACUCUUAAAAAACUGGAAGUUCGUAAUAAUUUCGAAGAAAUAAGUUGGGUGUCAAAAAUUGCAUGGUUAACGUAUAGAUGGUCGUUGGAAAUUUUAAGAAACCCCUCAUUAGAAGCCACGCGCAUACUUCAAAGAAUUUUUAUAGGUUUGAUUGUAGGUUUUUGCUAUAUUGGAACAGAAACUUUAACUCAAAACGGCAUUCAAUCUGUCGAAGGAAUUAUUUUCAUGUUUGUUAGUGAAAAUACAUUCAACCCAAUGUAUGCAGUCUUACACGAGUUUCCUUUGUAUUUACCGUUGUUUUUGAGAGAAUAUAAGUCUGGGUUAUAUCAUCCUUUCACUUAUUAUGUUUCCAGGAUUUUGUCAAUGCUGCCAGGAUUCCUAUUACAGCCCUUUACUUUCGUAAUUACUGCUUACUGGUUAGCAGGACUUCGAACAACUGGAUACGCCUUUCUAAUGACGUUAUCUGUGAUCAUCCUUACUAUGAAUGUAUCUUCGGCAUGUGGCAUCAUGUUUUCCAACGCUUUUGAUUCUGUUCCAACAGCUUUAGCUUAUUUGGUUCCAUUUGAUUACGUCCACAUGAUAACUUCUGGUGUUUUCCUAAAACUGGGUUCUUUGCCUACUGCCAUGGCUUGGGUGAAAUAUCUUUCGUGGCUUAUGUAUUCGACUGAAGCAUUAAACAUUUUACAAUGGAAAGGAGUUUUGAAUAUAACCUGUGGUAACGUUACAGAAGGAGUAUCAUGUAUUAAAAAUGGAACGGAUGUAUUGGCAAAAUACGAUUUUACUGAAGAUGAUCUAAUAAUUGAUGUAUGUGGAAUGUUGCUAUUGCUAGUAUUUUUCUAUAUUUUAGGUUACAUUUUUUUAUGGAGGCGUGUACGUCACUAUUAAAUAAAUUAUUGUAAAUAUUUCACUUUUUUAUAAAAUUAAAAUAAAUUAUACACUAGA